AUGAACCAUGUAGUAACUCUACCUUAUUGUUCUAGGUACCUUGGAAUAACAAGACCCCUUACAUAUCCUGUGAGGCAGAAUGGAAAAUGUAUGGCUAAAAUGAUCUUGUGUGUAUGGCUCCUCUCUGCCUCUAUCACCAUACCACCACUUUUUGGUUGGGCCCAAAAUGUGAACGAUGAAAAAGUUUGUUUAAUCAGUCAAGACUUUGGUUACACAAUUUACUCCACUGCAGUUGCAUUUUAUAUCCCGAUGUCAGUGAUGCUUUUCAUGUACUAUCAGAUUUACAAGGCUGCUAAGAGGAGUGCUGCUAAACACAAGUUUGCUGGUUUCCCACGGCCAGAAGAAAAUGAAGGCAUGGUUUCUGUGAAUGGAGUUAUAAAGCUACACAAGGAAUCAGAAGAAUGUACAAAUUUUUCACGACUCCUUAAACAUGAUAGAAAAAACAUUUCCAUCUUCAAGAGAGAACAAAAAGCUGCCACUACCCUGGGAAUUAUUGUUGGGGCCUUUACUGUGUGCUGGUUGCCAUUUUUCAUCCUUUCAACUGCCAGACCCUUUAUCUGUGGUACAGCAUGCAGCUGCAUCCCAUUUUGGGUUGAAAGAACAUUUCUAUGGUUGGGUUAUGCAAACUCUCUCAUUAACCCCUUUAUAUAUGCCUUCUUCAAUCGGGACCUGAGGACAACCUAUCGCAAUCUACUACAAUGCAGAUAUAGGAAUAUCAACCGGAAACUAUCAGCUGCAGGGAUGCACGAGGCUCUGAAGCUUGCAGAAAAGCCAGAAUUUGUGCUUUUUGACCUUGGAUAUGAUUAUCUGGAAAAACUCUGAUUACUCAAGAAAAAAGAGUCAUGACUUAUGACCAAAUGCACAGCGAAGUAAUCAGAUAUGGCCAAGGCACGACUGGGGAAGGAAAAGUAAUGAAGAUUUAGCCUGAGAAGAAAUGGAGGGGUUAUGAAAUGCACUUAAACUUCUUUGAAUGGGAAUGCUUAAAAAAUAAAAUAAAAAUCAAUGAGCUUGAUGCAUUGUAUUUAAUGUAUUUCUCAUGGAAACGGUGACAUCUCUCAUUUAUUACUGGGACAAUUGCUAUUGUGUACAAAUGAAAAUAGUUUUCUGUUUGAGAAAGCCAAAUCAUUUUAGCAAUAAGCAGUUUGACGCUUGAGGGGAGAGAAAUCAACUGAAAUCCAGAAAGACAAGACAUUGUACAGAUCUGCACCUUUAUCAAUCAAUGUAAACAGAAGAGAGCAUUCAUUUAUGUUUCUCAUGCUUGUGGGUUACAACAUUGCUAUUAAUAUUCAGGGAUCACCGGUGAUACAGAAUGUAUUUUGUUUUACUACAAAAAGAUAUUUUUCAAGCAAAUGGUGGCAAUGUAGAUGCUUUCAAACCUUGUGUUGAAAAUGUUCUGUGUGUCUGAGCUAAAAUCCAGAAAGGCAACAAUAAAAGGCUGAUUUUUUUUAAAAGUGGCCCUUUGGUACUAAAUGGCGAAAGCCUUGUCUAGUUAUAUAUCUUUGACACAGGUGGUGGUUGGUCUUUAAGAUAAAAAUGGAGCAUAAUUUGUUGGUUGUCUCAGACCUUUCAGUAAAAAUGCAUCUCAUGGAUUUUAUUAUGACUAAAUCCAAGAGACAAGAGCAGGAUGUAUAUAUUUUACACAACAAAAGGUUAAUUUAUGUCCUUUCUAAAUGGUGAUUUUUGAUGUAUCAGAAUAUAUAGAGAAACUAGGAUCUCUCUUCAUUCAAUUAACUGCAUAAAAGGUGGGAGGAUUUCAACAGUCUCUUGUGUGCUAUCUGUUUCCGAAGAAUAUAUAUAAAAGCACCCUUUUUACUUUGAAUCGCAUCUGUUCAGUUGAAUUUCAUGGGGGUGUAUGCUGUUGUACUGAUGAUAAUCAAUUACCAGAGUAGCCAUUGUCACUGUAUUAAAAGUCACCAGGACUCCAUUCAGUACCUCAUCAAUAGGAUUAUUAGUCACUGUGAACCCCACAUUUUAAAUAAAAUAAGUGCCUUUGGUAAUUCACUUGGAUUUCCCAAGAGGUACAUAGUGAGAACAAAUAGAUCUGUACAAAAUUCAAGCAUGUCAGUGAUAAAAGUUUUGUUAAUCCUUAAAUAUUUAAUGUGAGAAAGUUUAUUGUAAGUACUCAAUGGACCAAAUUCUGAUCAGUUACAAUGGUAUCGAUUUCAGUGGAAUUACUCUGAAUAAAGUCAGAUCAGAACAGGGUGCAACAGAUAAAACUAAGGAUAGAAGAUUUAAGGGAGAAGAGGGACUCACAUAAGUGACAGUAAAAGCAAAAGCCUGAAGAUUAUUUUUUCUUCGGUAAAUGCAAAACAGAAUGCAAAAGGACAUCUGUAAUAUUCUAAAGCUAGUUUUUAACUCUGAUGUGUUUAGCUACUUCACAGACACUGAAGCACCUGUAUUCAGAACAAAGUGGAAUGUCACGCUUUCCUUUUAGAUAAAGUCGUACCAAAACCUUAACUUCAGAUUUAAUAGAAUAAUUGUACAUUAUUAGAUCUAUUAUUUAAAUGAAUUUUUGUAAUAUGUACUAGUAUUACAAUUUUCUGUGAAAUUCAUUGUAAAUAUUGUGACAUUAAAUUUAAUCAAAAAUAUAUUCUAUUUGUAAAUGUUGUAAGAGAAAUGUUAUCUGAGGGGUAAGAAGCAAGGAAUGCUUCAAAAAACUGGUGGAUGGGGAGCUACAAUGAGGGAAUAGGUGCUAAAUGCUUUUGGACCAACAUUGCCCGUGAAAACACAAGCAGUACAAAUCUAUAAUAUCAUCGUGUUGCUUCAGCCAAUGAUCUUGUUCCCAUUUUGUCUAACAGAUUUUAAGAGGCUGAAAUGACAGGCACCUGCCUAGCAGCCAUUAGUGCUUUUAAAAAUCCAGCCUGAAUUUCCAUCUCUUUGUUAAAUUAGAACAAUGAUCCCUUAGAAAAAUAAUGUAGGUCAUGCUACUGGUAUUUAUUCUAAGAAGAAGAAUAUCAAAUAGAGUACGUACAGUGAGCCAAGUUUGGCAUUUCCCUAUCCCCAGCAUGGGAGAGCUGGUGGAGAGUAUUGCGUCAUAGUAGGUUACAGUUCCACACUUAUCAUUAUCAUCAUCACCAUCCAACAACAGUCAAUCAACUAAACAAUACAUCUGGGUUACAAAGAAUACUGGAAAUCAUAAUAUACUGAUAUUUUAUCAUGCAAUACAGAGCUCAUUAUUCCAGCUGUGACCUUCCUACAAUCCCAUCUCCUGCCAGACUGAGCAGUAGAUGGCAGAGCUUACUUUGCUAAGGAAUGAUCAAGGCUUCCCUUAAAUACCUACACACCUAGAAUACAUUAAUUAAAUCAUGUGCACAACAUGCGACAGGGUAAGAAAAGGAGUGUACAAAAAUGCCAAUGGGUAAUUUGAUCAUCUGCAUAAAAUGACACUUGGCACUUCUCUGAUGCCUUCCAUCUGCAGUUCUCCAAGUGCUUUACAAACAUUAAAUUAAGCCUCAUGUAAGGUGGGCUGGUAUUAUCCUCAUUUGCCACAUGAGUAGAGUAAGAGUUUAAGUGAUCUGUCCAAGGCUGUAGCAAAGCCAGAAAUAGAACUCAGGGUUUCUGGCUCCAACAUCUGUGCCUUAACAAAAAAGGAGUCUUCGCUGCUUUUCCUUUCUCAUAUUAGUAUUUCACCUUCUAACAUUAGCUCUAGAUAGGGUGGCCAGACAGCAAAUGUGAAAAAUCAGGAUGGGGGUGGGUGGUAAUAGGAGCCUAUAUUAGAAAAGACCCCAAAAUUGGGACUGUCCCAAUAAAAUCGGGACAUCUGGUCACCCUAGCUCUAGAUAACUUGUAAAAUAGCUGAAGUUUAGUGUAGAGUAUAAUUAUUCUGUUAGUUUUUGUGGUCAUGGAUGAUUUGUGGAGUAAUGGUCCGAAUUUGAAUUCUGAGAGGUUACACUGAUAUGUGGGUGAACUUAAGCCACCUUAAAGGGGCCUGAUUUUCAAAAAUGCUGAGCACUUGCACUAUGAAAAUUAGGUUCUUUUUAGAUGUCUGAAGUUGGGCACACACACAAAAAUGGGAGGAACUCACGGUCAGUAGUCACUUUUGGAUAUGCCAAAAAUACAAAUGAACCAACAAAUAAGGUUGGGGUUUUCAAAGGCAUCUAGGGGAGUUAAGUAAUCAAAUCCCCAUAAAUAUUAAUUUGAUUAGAGUGCCUAACUCCCUUAGGCUCCUGGGAGAACUCCCAGUUUAAGUACAUACAAAAAAUAUAAGAUGUUAAGAUGCAAUGUUGGGCUCAUGCCUCUUUCAAUUUCUUUCCCAUCUAAAAAAAAGCCCCUUUACACUUUCACCCACAACUAUUUCACAUUUGGGGACAAUGUAUACCUUCAAGUCAGCGGCACUGCUAUGGGUACCCGCAUGGCCCCACAGUAUGCCAUCAUUUUUAUGGCUGACUUAGAACAACGCUUCUUCAGCUCUCGUCCCUUAACGCUCCUACUCUACUUGCGCUACAUCUUCAUCAUCUGGACCCAUGGAAAAGAAGCCCUUGAGGAAUUCCACC